GUGUUGACCUCCAACCUGGCCAAGUGGCAACAGGAGAAGGAAGAUUUACAAGAAAAAUUGAAGUUGAGAGAACAUCUGUCUCAAACUGCUGGCAAGAGUGAAGCCACACCAACUCCUUCAAAGAACAUUGAUUUAGAGAUGAAACAGCUGCAGUGCGAACUAAAGAAUUCAAAUAAUGAAAUCGCUAAGCAAUCAACCAUCAUUAAGUCACUAAAAACCGAAGUCCAGGAGAAAGAAGAGCAGAUUAAGGAACUACAAGCCAGGAUUUCUCGAUUGGAGAGGGACCUUAAUAUGAAAAGACAUUUGAUAGAAGAAUUAAAGUCUCGUCUAAAAGUAAAUCAAGAAAAUGAGAAAACCUCUAAUGAAACAUUAGAAAGUCUUGAGAGAAAGAUAAAGGCACUGACUGAAGACUGUACAAACAAAAAAAGUUCCAUUGACUUACUGAAACAGAGACUUAAUGUAGCUACAAAAGAGAAGUCUCACUAUGAGCAGUUGUAUCACAAGGCUAAAGACGAGUUGGAGAAAAAGGAUCUCAAGAUUACCAAUCUAGAGAGCAAAAUGAUUGAGACUGAACGUGCCAUGACUGAACUUGAAACUGCUGCAUAUGAACAAAUACAUGACUUGGCUAAACAGAGUGAGCAGGCCUUGGAAAUUGUACAGAAGAAACUACUGCUUACCAGUGACAAAGUGGAGGAGUUCAUGAGAUUUGUGAAGGUUUAA